AUGAUGUGCAGUUUCAGAAAAUCAUUGUUGAGAAGAAAGUCAGACGAUCCUGUUGUCGACAUGAGCAGCGCGAAACCUCUGGAUUAUGCGGCGGAUUUACAAGAGUUUGCAGUAUCGGAAGCCGAGUACUUGGGCCAGCAUGCAGAGUAUCACGUUCUGGUGACUGGCGCCGCAGUGUUCAACAAAGAGGGCAAGCUUCUGCUGGUGCAGCGCGCGGCUGACGAGACGGCCUUUCCCAACUACUGGGAGAUUCCCGGGGGCAAAGUGGACGACACGGACGAAAGCAUUCUGCAUGCCGCGGCACGAGAACUGAAAGAAGAAACGGGGCUUGAAGCGAGGCGCGUGGUGCGCAAAGUGGAUUCGUUCACGUUUGUCGUUGAGAGGGCUGGGCGGCCGGCGACGAAGUUCUUGAAGAUGAUUUUCGAAAUCGAGGUGGACAGGGCCGAGGGCUCGGCGGUUGUGCUGGACGCGAUUGAGCACCAGCAGUUUGUAUUUGCUUCGGAGGACGAGGUGGCUGGGGAGCGGGUGGGCGAUGUGCAGCUCGAGUAUAUCAGCGCACGCAACAAGGCGGUCAAGCUGGAGGCGUUCCGGCUGCGAGGGGCGAGGGGCGAGGCGUCGAUUGCAAUUUGAGAGAGCCCUGGCGGGGUCGAGAACAGGGGGCGCGACGUGGGUGGGCUCGCCAAGUAUGUGUCGAAGUAUACAUGGAGAGGAGCAGUAAUAAUAAGACGGGCC